GAGAAGAGCACUUCCGGAGGCCAGGACGCACGUGUCGGGGCGCGCGCGGGGUCGCUUCCGGGGUCCCGGAGGCUGGUGUCUCUCGGACGCUGGGUGGGCAGAGCCCGGCCGGGGGCGGGAUGGCCAAGGCGCUGACCUCCAGGCGCGCCCCCGGCGAGCCCGUGGCUGAGCCGGGGCUUGGCAAGAAGGUAGCUCGGAAGAAAAGCAGGAAGAGGAGAUUCUGGAAAAGCCGAGGGCGAGAAGCGAGCAAGACCCCGGGCUGCGGCCCCGGAGUCGCUUUGGUCCGACCUCCGAAGGCGCCGGAGGACUUUUCCCGGAACUGGAGGGCGCUGCAGCGGCUCCUGAAACAAAAAACACAGGCCCCGGAAAAGCCUCUUGUUCUCUCUCCGACGGAUUCCAAAAAACAGCCCGGAAUUAUCCAACCGAACAGAAAAGUCGUCCCAGAUGAAGCAAAGAGAAGUGAGACGGGGCCAGAAACAGUGGCCCCAGCGGCCACGGGGGGCUCUGGUCCUUCAGUACCUCCAGUGGACAGGAAGGCGCCGGCUCCCCGCACAGAGGUCAGCAGAGCAGGGCACAAUGGGAAGAGAGCCGAGAAAAGGACAAAUGAUGAUACUUCUCCGAAAGGAGGAGACACCAAGCGCAAGAAGUGGAAAGCUAAGGAGGUGACCGUGGCCUUGACUCCGGCCGUGCCCACCGAGGAAGACAUCUGGUUUGAUGACGUCGACCCGGCGGACAUCGAGGCGGCCCUGGGCCCGGAGGCAGCCCGGAUAGCAAGGAAGCGGCUGGGGCAGAGCGAGAGCAGCAUCGCACUGGUGAAGGAGCAGGCCUUCGGCGGCCUGACUAGAGCCUUAGCCAUGGACUGUGAGAUGGUGGGCGUGGGCCCCAAGGGGGAAGAGAGCAUCGCCGCCCGCGUGUCCAUCGUGAACCAGUAUGGGAAGUGUGUUUACGACAAGUGCGUCAAGCCCACCCAGCCGGUGACGGACUACAGGACGGCGGUCAGCGGGAUACGGCCGGAGAACCUCAAGCAGGGAGAAAACUUCGAAGUUGUUCAGAAGGAGGUGGCGGACAUGCUGAAGGGCCGGGUCCUAGUCGGACACGCGCUGCAUAACGACCUAAAGGUGCUGUUUCUUGAUCACCCAAAAAAGAAGAUUCGGGACACGCAGAAAUACAAACCUUUCAAGAGUCAAGUGAAGAGCGGAAGGCCAUCUCUGAAGCUGCUCGCGGAGAGAAUCCUGGGGGUCCGGGUGCAGCAGGCAGAGCACUGUUCGAUUCAGGAUGCCCAGGUGGCGAUGAGAUUGUAUGUCCUGGUGAAGAAGGAGUGGGAGAGUUUGGCCCAGGACAGGCGCCCCACGGCCCCCGUUCCAGACAGCCACAGCACCUCCCGUCCGCAGGCGGUUGUGACCACGCACAAGACAGCUCGGGUCUGCCCGUAGCGGCAGCUCUGUUGAAACAUGUUCGCCGUCCUGGCGGCAGAGUGUGGGGGCGGCCGAGAACUGCUUCCUCCCUCUGUGCCAUCCCAGACCUGGCACCCCUGCUGGGGGCAGGCAGCACGGCGGGGCUCUGUCCUGAGGACUGACGGCAAGUCGGGGGGCGUUCUGCAGUGUGCUGUCCCCACAGCAGGGUGGCAUCUUUGCCGGGGAUUCGCCGGGUCCCAGGAGCCGGGGGCACCCAGCAUCCACUGGGUUUGUAGCAUCUUCCUGGGAGGAGGCCAGACCCCUUUCUUUCUGUGCCUCGGGUCACAGGUCACGGAAAGAACCCCACCGGACUCACGGGCCGCACGCAGCGUGUGCAGUGAGCUGUGCUCCAGCCCCAUCUCCCAAGUUUGCCGCAGCCGCCUUUGGACUUGGAGAGAUUCUCUGAGGGUGCCGAUCCUUUCUCACACCCCCAACCCCACCCCACAGGUCCACCCGCCAGGUUUCAACUUGGGGUCGGGGCCCGCAGCACGGCGAGGGAGGCUCAGCUCGUCUGAGCUGGGUGACCAUGGUUCCCCCCCAGAGGCGGGUGUCCCUCCCCGUCUGGGACAGAUGUGCUGAUCCCCAGCUGUGGGGCUGGAGCACCGUGCAGGUCUGUCCCGGGUGUGAGGGUCUUUGAGAAGAGUCGGGAGCCCGGCAUACGGCCCGGCUUUACCAAACCGCCUGACGUGGCACAAGGAAGCCCCGGACCCACUGAGGAGAUUUAACACAGGUGGGCUUUUACUAGAGGUGGAGUGUGGGGAGGUUACUCUUUCCACAUUUAGAGUGGUCUGAAAGGGCCGCUUUUUCCACAAGGGCCACGCUGAUGGGUCCAGGGCCGAGGUCUGUGCGGAGCCUGCCGAAUCGAGCCCCUGGGGCCCCACCGGUGCUCCACGCUGCCCCCAGGGCGCCUGCGUGGGCGAAGUGGACCCUCCCCCCCACACACACAAAACCUAAGGAAAAUGCCGCUCACCGGGCAGCUCCAGGGCC